AUGCGAGCCGUCGCACUCUGGGUAGACAAAGUCCACGACCGUGAAAAUAACGAGCAAUGUAUUUACGACCUGGUCUUCAAGCCAGAUGGCAGUCAGCUCAUAGUCGCAGCUGGCACGCGCGUCCUCGUUUACGACACGUCGGACGGUGCGCUCGUUCAGCCGCUGAAAGGCCACAAGGACGCCGUGUACUGCGUCGCCUAUGCUAGAGAUGGUAAACGAUUCGCAUCUGGAGGUGCAGACAAGCAGGUCAUUAUCUGGACGGCAAGCCUCGAGGGAAUCCUCAAGUAUUCACACCAUGAUUCCAUUCAGUGCCUGACUUAUAACCCACUAACCCAUACUCUCGUCAGCUGUUCUUGCUCAGAUUUUGGGCUGUGGUCUUCAGAACAAAAGUCGGUCUCCAAGCAUCGCACCAGCGGGAGAGUCACCAGCGCGGGAUGGAACCCCGACGGUCAGUUCUUGGCACUCGGACUCGCGACUGGCGUUGUCAGCAUCCGUGGCAGAUCUGGUGAAGAAGUCGUGCGCAUUGACAGACCUGGUGGACCGAAGGCGGCCGUAUGGGGAGUCUGCUGGAACCCUGUGAAGGAAGAAGGCGUCGGAGACAUUCUCGCCGUGGCCGACUGGGCACAGACUCUGACCUUCUACAACAUGGCGGGCCAGCAGACUGGCCGCGAGCGGGCAUUGGGCUUCGACCCUACCUUCGUCAGCUAUUUUCCCGGUGGCGAGUACCUCGUGGUGGGCGGCUCGUGCCGGGAGGCACGUGUCUACACGCGAGACGGCAUAUGCGUCGGGCCCGUCUCCCAACAAGCCUCAUGGGUGUGGUGCUGUCAGGCACGCCCAGACGCCAGCCACCUGGCCCUGGGUUGUCAGGAUGGCACCAUAGCCUACUUUGAGCUGGGCUUCUCAACAGUGCACAGCUUGUACCGCGAACGGUAUGCAUACAGAGACAACAUGACAGAUGUCAUCAUUCAGCACCUCGUGACUGACGAGAAAGUCCGAAUCAAGUGCCGUGACCUGGUCAAGAAGCUGGCUAUCUACAAGCACCGCCUUGCCGUCCAGCUGCCCGAACGAAUCAUGGUGUACGAGCUGAGCAGCGAGUCGUCCGAGCCCAACGACAUGCACUACAGGCUGCGAGACAAGAUUGUCCGCAAGGUGGAGUGCACGCUGCUGGUUGUCUGCUCCGAACACCUUGUUCUUUGCCAGGAACGGCGGCUGCAGUGCUUGCGUCUUCGUGGUGGUGCCUGUGAGCGGGAGUGGGUCCUGUCGUCGGCGAUCCGCUACAUCCAGGCGCUCGGCGGUCCUGUGGGACGCGAGGGCCUCCUGGUUGGCCUGCGAGACGGGCAGGUGCUGCAGCUGCUACUGGACAACCCUUUUCCAUUGUUUCUUAUCAAGGUGACCAGUCCAGUACGUUGUCUGGACCUCAGCGCUGACCGCACACGUCUAGCUGUCGUGGAUGAAAAAGGCACCUGCCUUGUCUACCAGCUGGACUCCAGGCAGCUACUCUUUCAGGAGCCCAACGCCAACAGCGUGGCAUGGAACACCGAGAACGCCGAGCUUCUCUGCUUUACAGGCGGCGGAGCGCUGGCUGUCAAGGCUGGAGAGUUCCCCGUACUGAGGCAAAAACUGGAGGGCUUUGUGGUUGGCUUUGGAGGCUGCAAGCUCUUUUGCCUCCAACACAACAGUGUCACCACAGUGGAGAUUCCCCUGUCGCCGUGCCUGUACCAGUACAUUGAGAAAAACCGCUUCAGGGAAGCCCUCACCAUAGCCUGCUUGGGCGUGCCCGAGGAGGACUGGCGAUAUCUGGCGAAGGAGGCGUUGGAGGCCCUCGACCUCGUUGUGGCCAAAAGGGCUGCCGUGAGGCUGGGGGAGCCUGCCAUGCUUCGCUUGGUCCGCUCACUUCAGGAACAAGAGGCCCGCGGUGAGAAGCGAGAGUCCCUGCUCGGAGACGUGAUGGCCCAGCAGGGCCGGUUCUCCGAGGCUGCUCGGCUGUACAAGAAGGCCGGCCGCAACUCCAAGGCUGUCGACAUGUACACGGAUCUGCGGAUGUUCGAACUCGCUCAGGAAUACCUUGGCUCAGACGAGACCCUGGACACACGCCAGCUUAUGCUGAAGAAAGCCGAGUGGGCACGCAGUAUCAACGACCCCAAGGCAGCUGCGGACUUUUACCUGCUGGCCGGUGAACCCCUGAAAGCAGUCGAGAUCGCAGGAAAACAGGGCUGGACUAACAUACUCAUCGAUCUGUCCCAGAGGUUAGAUAAACGUGAAAAGGAGGCUCUUACCCUUUGUGCUCGGCUGCUUGUGAACCAGAAGCAACACAUGGUCGCCGCCGAUGUUUUCCAAAGGAUUGGUGACACUGAAAGCCUCGUCAAGCUCUACGUCGAGGCUGACCAGUGGGACGAGGCAUUUGCAGCUGUCGGGCAGAAUGCCGAGCUUCGUGCGAAGAUUUCUGGCGACUACGCAAACUGGCUCGCAGAGCACGAUCGUUUCGUUGAUGCCCAAAAAGCUUUCUACGAAGCUGGGCGUCCGGAUGAAGCACUGAAGGUGCUUGAACGCCUCACCCAGUAUGCCGUCGAUGAAUGUCGAUUUCGUGAUGCUGGCUACUACUACUGGCUACUCUCUCGGCAGAUUCUCGAGUCUGCAAGCAGAGAGAGUGAUGCUGCUAGCCAGGAAGCACUAAUAAGCCGCUCAGCGAAACUUCAGGAUCUGGCCGAUGUCUACUACAUUUACCACAACAUUCACCGUUAUAUUGAGGAGCCGUUCACGGCAUACCUGCCCGAAGCCCUGUUCAACAUGUCUCGCUAUCUGUUCCACCAGCUCAUUCAUCAGUCAAUACGGGGUGUUUCACUCGUUGGCGUGCUAUAUGCUCUGUCCAAGCAGAGCCGUAACCUUGGCGCCCAUCGGCUUGCCCGACACUGCUACGAGCGGCUACAGAACCUCCACGUGCCACUCCGAUUCAGGGACACGUUGGACCUUGCUGCGCUGACAGUCCGAUCAAAGCCCUUCAGCGAUGCCCAAGACCUAUUGCCUCUCUGCUACCGCUGUUCCUCAACCAAUCCUCUCGUAAACGAACGUGGCCGUUGCUGUGUGAACUGCAGCCAACCAUUCGUUCAUUCUUUCAUCGCUUUUGAGGUCCUACCCCUAGUGGAGUUCACUUUGGCUGAGGGAAUCUCGGACGCCGAAGCCUUCGAAAUUCUCGAAGGCAAGGCAAGGGUGAUGAAGGAGCCGAAGAAAGACAGGCCAAAGUCACCGAGCCAACAGAUCAUCAGUGGGUUUGAAACACUUCAAAUAAAUCAUGGUAAUGCCGGAGAUGAAGACCCUUUUGCUUUCCAGCUCUCCAACUUAGAGGAAGCAGGAGAAGAGGCCGGUGGUGUACCAGUGAUUCUGGAUCGUGAAGGGCUGGCCAUGCUGGGACCCCGCGAUGUCGUCAUCUGCCAGCAGCCUGAACCCUUGCGCUGCCGCUUCUACAGAAAUGUCGUGCCGGAUGUGGUGGUGGUGUCGUGUCCAAGUUGUGCCAAGGUGUUUCACGGCGAUGAUUUUGAGAUGCACACCCUUCAAACCAAUGCCUGUCCAUUCUGCAGGACCAAGCUUGAGGAUGCAGGUGCCUAGAGUUUUGGUAGGGCUGUUUAGGCAAGUAUCGAUAGAGUCAUCAUGGACUUGUUUCUAAGGCAGUUCAUUGCUGAAUGUGAGGUCAUGGGUUGAAUACCCAGUCACGUAUUCACGUUUUCGUGGUUGGCAAGGUACCCAGAAAGUGCAGCCAAGCGACCGAUGGCGAGCCCCUGCUAGUGAUACAGCAGUUUGUUGCUCGUCAUUGGUCGAAGUAUGUAGGUUAAGCACUUGUAACAUUAUGUUUUGGCACUCUGCAGUGUGCCUUCGACUCUCUUACUGUUUCUUUCAGCAUCGCUACUAAGUUGCCAACAUCGGGCACGAGUGGGUGCACCACCAUCUCCUAUUCAUCUUUAAAUUGAAUUUGUUAUGUGAAAGGAGUAUAUGAAAAAAGCAUUUAAUAAUCUAGCAUAAAUUCAAAAAAUGGAACUGAGACACAAAAAGAAAAAAAAAACAGAGUUCUAGCUAUGGCCAUAGCCUAAGUUUGAAGACUACGUUUUAACUAAGAAAUCGCACAGUUUUCACUGUUUUUGUAGCAUAAGCCACGCUGGCAGAGUUUGAGUAGUUUCGUGUGGCUUAUCGAGAGCCUUGUUGCGAAUGCCCGAGGAGCUGUGACGUCACACGGUGCACAGCUGGCGCUACGGAGAAGGCCUGGAAGCUCCUGGAGUGACGCGUCACUUGCGGGCUGGCCCGUGACUCGCGUGUGCUUGCUCGCUGGUCCGUACCUUCAUCCAUCCGCAGCUCACCCUAUGUAUACCCUGUCAUAGCCGAGCUAAGCCACUGCUAAUUUUUUUAAUUUACCUCUAACUAUCACACAUAUUUAUGUGCUUAGCAUGUUUCUGAGAGUGUUACUUAAUUAUUUAUAUACUUGUUUGCCCGUCUGUUAGUUUGUUUGAAUAUCUGAGAAGUACUAUGAGUAGUUGCCGUGUCAAAUAAAGAUUUAACUUUAUUUUUGCUGUUAUUGACAGUGUCAAUUAUGGACUGUUGCAUUCCCAACUUUUUUGUGUGUGUGGUAAUCAGUUUAGGACAAGCAGGCUCAGAUGAACUUACCUUCAAGCAUAAAGAACAAAGAACUGGGAUUGUGCAAAUAUUCGAAUUUUCAUAUAUUUUUCGUAUAGUGGUCACUAUUCGAUUGGAUUCGUACCAGAUUUAUGCCAAUCGAACUCCCUAGGUGACCAUGAAAUCAUUCAAUAUAGGCAGUUUGAAAAAAGAGAUUCUUGCAUUUCUAUUCAGUUCAAGUGGUCAAUAUGCCACAGUUACAUCCAAAAUGGCUACAAUGCCUCCCCGCACACUUAUCGGGCAUUUUGGCGCGUGCCCCAGCUCUCGUAAAUACGUUCGGUACCUGCCGUGAACCCUGCUUAGCUACGCAAAUUCGCAUCUCGUAAUGAGUGCCAUUGAUACCAGCAAAGUGCGGAAUAUAUUACGACUACCUCGCAUAGCGUGUAUGGAAACGACGACUGGGGCAGAAAAGCAGACGACUCGUCCAGUUUUCACCAAUAUGUGUGUGUGCGUAAACAAUCGCUAAAACUUCGUCGAUACAUAGCAUUUGCUGCUGCGUAAAGGGAAUCCUUCCUAGUAAUGUGCAGUGCAUCGCCAAUUAAGCUGACCCUGUCACUGCAUGCCUGGGUGCUUGCUGCACCGUAAGCACUGCGUUUGUCAUGAAAGUGUUCAUGUUGCCCACUUCAUUCCUAACUGCACACGGGUGCGGCGAUUGUGAGCUGAUUACAUUAAUGAAAGCAGCGCGAGUCUUUGCGAUGCACUUAGUGGUCAAGAAGCGGCAUGAAUAGCAACAUGGCGCAUUUGUGACGUACGCGUACCACAAACAGCACUGGGGCACAUGCACUACUGCACAGUUUGUAGUUGGUGAUGCUUAUUCAUUGAAGAUGCUUAUAGCUUCAUGCGACAACCAAGAGUUGUUGGCGAUUGAGCUGUACUGGUGCACUUGCUGACUGCCCCUACCAUGCCUCCGUGCAUUUGCGCUACUUAUCCGUAAUCACAUUGCCGCACUACGUCGUUGGUACGGCCGCUUCACAUUUUUUACAUGGAUCGCUGCAUUUCACUUCGGCAUUGCGAUAAAGCUGCUUUGCGGGCCCUGCUAUUGCCACAAACAGAUCGUCUCAGAAAAGAGCUGGUUGAAACCUACGUGGCAGAGCUGGCAGCUUCAAUUGAUGUGGUUUCGGACCAGAAAGUGUGAAAAAAAAAUAAUAAAAUCGUAUUCAAGCAUCCAGAAUUUCACCUGUUUUUAUACAUUCAUGUUUAUUGGGCAGAUUAGGAACACUUAACUCAAAGGGAGCGCUUCUUGGCCUGUCACAUGAGUUGGCCCUCUAGGAACGUUGAAAGAAGUGGAAAGGCUGAGGAAAUACUGUCUUUUGCUGCUCUGGCUAAAAUGUUGCCGGCCUCGCAUCAGGUGCCUGAAAUCUCGUAAAUCAGUACAAAUGAGCCUCUGCGUUGCUUCAUUCUUGAUGAGACAACUAGAGAACACCACGCCUCGAGCGCUUCAUCGACCUAGCCAAAAGAAACACUUUCAUGUUACUAUCUCAUAAGAUUAUGCUAACAGAUCCUCCCGAACUUUUCUGUGUAAAUUUUUCUUUAAACUAUUGAAAAAAUACUGAAGAAAUAUUAAAAAAUACACUUGAUUUGAUUCAAACUCAAGCUUCAAUACAUAUUUGCAUUUGCUUCACACUUGGAACACCUCUAUAGGUGUUCGAGCAAUCCCUUCUGCGGCCUUGUAAAGCACUUUGUCCCAUCUUGUUUCGUUGUCUCUGUAGUUAAAAACGUAGUUGAGGCUUGGGAAGUAGCCGAAAAUGUCUUUAUUCGUAUAAUUGGCACAUGCUCAUGGGAAAGUACAACAUCGGAGAAGAAAGAACAGGACAACCAGAACUGGUGCCGGAGGCAUACUACAUUCAACAAAUAUACACGCGUGAAAACUGCACGCAGCUGCAUUGAGUAUUCUCAGAUACUUCAUAAAUGCUCAGUCACAAACGGCUUCACAGCAAACCACGACGUAAAAAACAGUUCUUGGCUAUAACGGUAACUGUUAACACUGCUGCAUAAAAUUUAAAGGUAAAAAAAGUAACAGGGUGGGGUUGUGCUUUUCAAUGUAACAAAUGAUGUUUAUGUACAAUGGCACUUGCACAAACUGUACUUGCUUGAAUUGUGCCAUGUCAUAUGCAAACAGGUAAACCACUGUUUGGUGCUACAAGCAAACCUGCUAUAGAAUAUUUUGCUAGUAUGUAAGGCUUUUGGUUCAUUGCAACAGUCAUCCCCUUGGCUCGAGUAGAACAGCAUAGGCUUAUGUGGAGGAAACCGAAAUUGCUAAGUUAUUCAAGACUGGAGAGAGCAUGUUAUUUCGAAACCUAUUUAUAAUUAUGUUGGCAUGGGACAGUCGAGACAAUAAGAUGAGCAUUAACACUUUUCUGUGUUUGCUCUUACGUCACUCUAUUCCUUGAAGGUUCAAGUUUAUUUAUUAUUAGAUUACUUUUAUAGAAAUGUAUUGCCCUUAUUGGUUUGACGACUUUCUAUGAACCCUCAAGCAAUACUUUUUUUCAAACACAUAGAUUAUGCAAAUGCACUGUAAGUUGCAGCUGAAGGGAAUAGUGCACCCAUAGAAACCAUUGAGGAAGCUGAUUUAUAGUUUCUUAAAUUUUCGAUUGUUGAAGUGUUAUACUUAAACUCGUGCAUAUUUUCCAAGGCCCACCAAGUUGUUAUACACAUGGUGUGACCAGUCGUUUACCACAAAACAAAGGUGCCAACAAAGCACAUUGUUCUCGCCAAAGGAACAAGAAAAACGUAAAAAAAAAUAUGUGUGCACACAUGCACCAUAACUCACUGCAUCAAAACUUCAACUGCAGGUAGCAGUCACAUAUCAAUGCUGUUUCCUCAUUGUAGUGAUACUACUGAACAGUUCUGUAUGUGAUUUCUUUUGUGAGGAUGCCCUAACAUGUACUGUUUGUCGUUGGAGUUGCAUUUUCUUCGCUCUACAGUCUACAAUAAUUUUAUGUUCAUCUCUGCCGCCUUUUCAUCCGAAUAAUUUGGUUGGAUAGUUGUGAAAUUUAAAAAUUGCUUUUAUUCUAUGCACUAUAGUUGCAUUUAUUUUUUGCUAAGAACUACCACUCCAGGUACUGACACAGUGCAAACUGUUGAGAUUAGUCGACUGGAAGAUUCAUUGUGAAGUGGCCACUAUGCUGGAAGAGUUCUCACGUGCUUGAGCAAUUGGUCUUAUUCUUAAUGCCGUCGAGGGGAGUGAUUAGGUUCCUUCAGUAUCAAAAUGUCAGGUUGGUUUGCUGCAGUACUAAUAUGGUCAAGGGAGUAUUGAUGAUUUUUUCACAUUGCGAUUUUUCAGGGCCUGUUGCAUGCAUAGUCAUUUUUUUCUUAUUACUUAUUUUCUUAUUACAUUACUUGGUUGUUAAUUUAUUCUGGUGUUUUUUUAAAGAGCCUAGCGAUAAACUUUGUGUAUUCAUAAACUACAUGAAGAAGGCGAGGCUGAGGAAAUAGCAUCCCUGCCUUUCACAUGUACGAUGCUGUCGCCAGCACUUUGUGGUUGCAACAAGUCAUACAUAAAUGCAGUUCAGUUUCUGCACUGCCUCAUUCUUGAUAAGACAAUUACAAAAUACCGAUCCACCUGAACUUCAUCUGCCUGGCCAAAAGAAACACUUUCAUGUUGCCAUCUUCUAAGAUUAUGCUCAGAAAUCCUCUCCGACUUUUUUUCUGCAAUUUCACUUUGAAGUAUUCUAAAAAUAUUCUAGAAAUAAUGCACAAACAUUCGAAAAAUAUUGUAGUUUGUUUGCUCUCAUACUUCAAUAUUCGAAUUCGCUUCACAUCCAGAAUUUUGGUAUUCGCACAGCUCUAGUUAUAACUAAUCAAGAUGACUGAACAAUUUUGCUGUAAGAUAAGUUGUGGGUAGUUGGGAGGUUACCAGAAAAAUUCCUUGCAGUCAUUUCAUACUCAGCUAAUGCCAAAUCGGUAAGUGUCAUAGACGCUGCAACUUGGGAGUAAACAAUUCAAGGCUGAAAACAUUUAUCUCGAGAAUCAAUGAGGACUGUUAUAUGGUCAUAAACAAUGCAAUCGGUGCUCAUAAUUCGCACAGUGAGCGUGUCGAGAAAUUUCGUGAUCUGCAUCUGUUGCGACACAUUUUGUGCUUUUUUGAUCUAUUGUUGCUCGCCAUUGUUUGGCUACUGCCAAACUGUUGGGCACAGUACCUUUAUUAAGUGCAUAGGUGCGACCCUCUUUUAUGGCAACCUCCAACUUUCUAUUUGGCUGUCUGUGUUGGGGCUCCCAGGUCAUUUGUUUUUUAGUACUGACAUGUGUUGAGUACUCCAAAUGUCUGUAUUGAUAUAUGUUGUUGUACUUGAUGACAACCUAUAUCAGCACUGCUGCAUUGAAAUUUUGUAUGUACCAUUACGCAGAAAGUUAAUUAAAGCUCUAGUCCUUGUAAAGCUGUGCUGUUGAUAGCCCCAUUUCUUCAUCAUGUUGUCCUUGGAAUAAAGCGUGAAUCUUUUCAGAAGAA